CCGCCCCGCGGAAGGGCCGCAGCCCCGCACAUCCGUGUCCGGGAGGCGCAGAUGGGCGGAGCCAGCUCGGCCCGUGGCGCCGCGGAUUUGCCAUCGCGCUCCUGCGGCCCGCCGUCUGCCAUGACAACCAUCGGCGACCUCCCCGAGGACGUGCUGGUGGAGCUGCUGUCGCUGCUGCCCGCCCGGGACCUGCUCCGCACCUGCCGCCUGGUGUGCACGCAGUGGCGGUACGUGGUGGACCUCACCACCCUGUGGAAGCGCAAGUGCCAGCGCGAUGGGUUUUAUCGUCAGAGCUUGGACAGAAGCAUCUCUGACUGGAGGAUCUUCUAUAUGCUCUGCCACUUGAAGAGAAACUUAAUCAAAAACCCUUCUGCUGAAGAGGACUUCCAGCACUGGACACUUGAUAAUAACGAAGGAGAUGAGUGGAAGAUUGAGGAUCUGCCUGGAGCUCACGGAAAUGAUAUGCCAGACCCCACAGUACACAAAUACUUUGUCACUUCAUAUGGGCCAUGCUUCAAGUCUCAACUCAUUACCCUGAAGAAAGAAGGCUACUGGAAUCAGCUGAUGGAUGAGAAACGGCCUGAAAUUACAGUCAAGGACUGGUACGCUGCCAGGUUUGACUGCGGGUGCCGCUACGAGCUCACCGUGAGGCUGCUCUCCAAAGACUACAUCGUCCUGGAGGAAUUCCACCCUGAGCCAGUGGUCAUCGAGCAGUGGAGUGAUGCCAAGUGGAGAGAGAUUUCUCACACCUUCCAGAAUUACCCAGAAGGAGUUCGUUACAUCUGGUUUCAGCACGGAGGCCAGGACACCCAGUUCUGGGCAGGAUGGUACGGGAUCCGAGUGACAAACAGCAGCAUCACCAUUGGGCCCCAGACGUCGUUAUGAAGCACAGUGGAAGGGUUUGCUUUUACCUCAGGACUGUAAGCAGCUGGCCUCAGGUGCACUAUUUGCCUGUACUCUCUGGGUGUGUCCUAGCUUUAUCUUGCAGCUCUUGUUCACAGCAGAACUUCUGCAGGCCCAGCCCUUUGGAAGGGCUUCUGUCUUCAUCUCCAUCCUCGUCUACCAUGGAUGCUACUCCAGUUACUGGUGCCCUUCCAGAGAAAAACUGGGACAAUUAAAUAUGAGAUCUAUCUUUUCUAGUUAAUACAUUCUUAUGCUAACACACAGA